GGAGGCAGGGGAGGAGGAGGAGGAGGAGAAGGAGGGAGGGAGGGAGAGAGAGAGAGAAAGGGAGAAAGGGAGAAAGGGAGGAGGGAGGACACGGGGAGGCAGUUGCUGCUGCUGGGCAGAGAAGUCGUGCAGGAGCUGCGGCUGCACUCGGACGCCACAUUCCCUCCUUACGGGACUGGUGGUGAGGAUGAGCGAGAGCUGACCCUGCCGCCGCCUGCGCUGUGAAGUGUCUGCUCCUCCUCCUCCUCCUCCUCCUCCUCCUCCUCCUCCUCCCGUGCUGUGGGUGAACCUGCGCUACGGGCUCUUCACCGACACGGGGGGGGGGUUGGUUUGUUUGUGUAUUUGUUUAAGGCAAAGGGAAAGAGAGAGAAAGAGAGAGCUCUUCCGUCCACUGGAGCACAGUUCACUAUGAUCGUACUCGCAUUCAGCACUGGAAGCCGGUUGGAUUUCGUGUCUCAGUCCAGGGUGUUUUUCUUGCAAACCUUCCUUUGGAUUUUAUGUGCUACAGUGUGCAAAGCGGAGCAGUAUUUCAAUGUGGAGGUAUGGUUACAAAAGUAUGGCUACCUUCCACCAACUGACCCCCGAAUGUCGGUGUUGCGCUCUGCAGAAACCAUGCAAUCAGCUAUAGCUGCCAUGCAGCAGUUCUAUGGCAUUAAUAUGACAGGAAAAGUGGACAGGAACACAAUUGACUGGAUGAAGAAGCCUCGAUGUGGUGUGCCUGACCAAACAAGAGGUAGCUCCAAAUUUAACAUUCGUCGAAAACGCUACGCGUUAACAGGACAGAAAUGGCAACACAAACAUAUCACUUACAGCAUAAAGAACGUCACUCCAAAAGUAGGUGAUGCUGAAACUCGUAAAGCCAUUCGCCGUGCCUUCGAUGUGUGGCAGAAUGUAACUCCUCUGACAUUUGAAGAAGUUCCUUAUAUUGAAUUAGAAAAUGGCAAGAGGGACGUGGAUAUUACAAUCAUUUUUGCAUCAGGUUUUCAUGGAGACAGUUCUCCCUUUGAUGGGGAGGGAGGAUUUUUGGCUCAUGCAUAUUUCCCUGGGCCAGGAAUUGGGGGAGACACUCAUUUUGACUCAGACGAGCCAUGGACUUUGGGAAAUCCCAAUCAUGAUGGAAAUGACCUGUUUCUAGUUGCAGUGCACGAACUGGGACAUGCUCUGGGCCUGGAGCACUCUAAUGAUCCCACUGCAAUCAUGGCUCCAUUUUACCAGUAUAUGGAAACUGACAACUUCAAACUACCUAAUGAUGAUUUACAGGGCAUCCAGAAGAUAUACGGUCCACCUGACAGGAUCCCACCACCAACAAGACCUCUGCCAACAGUGCCCCCACAUCGUUCAAUCCCUCCAGCAGACCCACGGAAGAAUGACAGGCAACCUAAACCUCCCCGGCCACCCACUGGUGACAAACCUUCCUAUCCUGGAGCCAAACCUAACAUCUGUGAUGGGAACUUCAAUACUCUGGCUAUUCUUCGCCGGGAAAUGUUUGUUUUCAAGGAUCAGUGGUUUUGGCGAGUCAGAAACAACAGGGUGAUGGAUGGAUACCCCAUGCAGAUUACCUACUUCUGGAGGGGACUGCCUCCCAGCAUUGAUGCAGUUUAUGAAAACAGUGAGGGGAAUUUUGUCUUCUUUAAAGGUAACAAGUUCUGGGUUUUCAAGGACACUACUCUCCAGCCAGGUUAUCCUCAUGAUUUGAUAACACUUGGAAGCGGAAUUCCUUCCCAUGGCAUUGAUUCGGCAAUUUGGUGGGAAGAUGUUGGGAAAACCUACUUCUUCAAAGGAGAUAGGUACUGGAGGUACAGUGAAGAAAUGAGAUCCAUGGACCCUGGUUAUCCAAAACCAAUCACAAUUUGGAAAGGUAUCCCAGAAUCUCCCCAGGGAGCCUUCGUCCACAAAGAAAAUGGCUUCACAUACUUCUACAAAGGAAAAGAGUACUGGAAAUUCAAUAACCAGAUGCUCAGGGUGGAACCUGGCUAUCCCAGAUCCAUCCUCAAGGAUUUUAUGGGUUGUGAUGGACCAACAGAUCGAGAUAAAGACCGACACAGCCCUCAAGAUGACGUUGACAUUGUCAUCAAACUGGACAACACAGCCAGCACUGUGAAAGCCAUAGCCAUUGUCAUUCCCUGCAUCCUGGCCUUGUGCCUCCUUGUCUUGGUUUACACUGUGUUCCAGUUCAAAAGGAAAGGAACACCCCGCCACAUACUGUACUGCAAACGCUCUAUGCAAGAGUGGGUGUGAUGUAGGGUUUUUCGUUUUUUUUCUUUCCCUCCCAGGAGUUUGUGGUAACUUGAGAGUCAACACGAGCUGUUAUGCAGUUUCCUAGCUAGGAGCGGGCAUCUGUCAGUCUGAAACAAAGCUGAUCUUUAAAACCCAGGGGGUUGCCUGUCCUGCGCAUGAGUGGCGAUUCGCUCGGCUGGGAAGCUUCCAUGAUACACAGUAUCUGCUGUUUCUUCAGUCCUUUGUCUUUCUUUGUCAUUCGAUUCUAGGCCUUUCCUCUGCACGCUCAAUGCCCUAUAAACUGUCAGGUUUAACUAAUGAAGAGGAAAAAAAAAAUCUCCAAUGUUUCUACAUUUUUCCCUUAAGGCCUGUUCCCCUUUGAAAAAAUUUUUGCUGAAAGUAAAUUUUUUUAGAACACAACAACACACAGCGGAACUUUCAGGAAAGUGAGAAGACCCAAAACAGCUUUGUCUCCAAAGAGGAUUGCUUUCUGUCUGCUACGGAUAAAGUCCUAUACUCCUACUUCCAGUUUUGUCAGGUGGGAGACUCGGAUGACAGCAGGACUUCAGACUGUUCGGACAGCCAUUUUCCAACAAACAAGGGGCCAAAAUAUCUGCAAUAUAGUAACAGCCUUAAUGAUACAUUCAUUUUGUGUUUUUUACAGCUGCUCUGGGCUACGUUCUCAAUGUUUUAAACUCAUUUAUAUUCAUUACUAUAUUCAAGCAGAACCUUUUUAUUGGUUUGUUUGAUUUUUGGUUGGUUUUCCUGCAUAAUCUUUCCCAAGCUGUACCAAGCCAACUGCCGCAGGCCUUUCAUAGGUCUGCCAGGAGCACUCAUUCCAAAGCAUGGUAAAAGGCAGUGUGUUUCUGAAGUGGAUUUCAAUGAACUAAAGCAACAGUCAUGCUACAGAGAAACUUGACACUGGUAUUACAUUGGUGGUGUAACCCUUUGAGAACUAUUGCAUCUGUUUUCGGAGUCUGAUGGAUGUUAAUCUUGGUUGUCAUUAAAUUAUAGGAUUGUGUUUGGGUAAUACAGGUUUUAAAAGUUUUUCAAAACAGAUUUCCUGUGACUGCAAGUGAGUGUUUUUCGUUAUUUACAUUAUUGAUAGAAAAACAUUUGUAACAUAAAUAGAAAACAAAAUAUAUUUACCGGCUACUUUCUGGUUAAAGGAACCAAACCUAUUUUAAUAACUUCUACCGCUUACCAAGAAUUUUUCUGAACUGGCAUCAGUUUUAUAGCUUAGCCUUUUAUCUUAAGCAUCUUGAAUUUAUCUUUUAAACUAUGUUGCAUGAUAAUUCAAUUUGCCUCUGCAGAGGUAGAGUUACAGUUUCAAAGGAAAGCUAAAACAAUGACUCUGAUAUUGCAUGAGUAUCCUUCGGUGUGUUACCCCUUUGCAUGUUUACCAUAGUUCUCAAAGGGUUAGUCAAAUUUCUGGCCUUCAGCCGAACAUGAUAUCACUGACAGAGCCAAGGGACCACCAAAGCAUUUUUGUCAUUCUGCGUAAUUUGUGCUAACAGCAGUAUUGUCAUAUUCAUGUGACCUGCAGAGCAGGUUUGUAUCAAUAUUUUUUUCCUAGAGAAAAGUCAGCAACUGACAGACCUCUUUAUUGAUUUUAGGAGCUGCUUCUUGCAGUGAUAGGCUUUACAGUCACUGGGCUGUGAACUUAUUAAAGAUGGUGAGAAUGAUGCACCCCAAAAGUCAGACACCUGGUUUUUUAUGAAAGCCAGGAUUUGAGGGGAGUAGCUUUUGCAACAAUGAACAGCUUGCCUUGAACUUGAUUAUUGACCUGUUGACUGUCAUUACCAAGUUAAACGUUGUCUUCUGUGAACAGCUUCACUGUCUGAAUUUCCUUAAAGUGUACUGUCCUAUGUCUUUGAUCUUUGACCUUUAACUUGCAAACUGGCACAAACUGAAGGGAAUCAGCGAAUGAACUAAGACGAGUUUUACUUCUUAAAAGGCCUGAUAUACAUUAUCCAAAAUUUGAGCAAAAAAUGUUGAAGGGUUUCCAUAGAAAAGAACUGACAUAAACUGAAAUAUUUAUGAUAGAGCUGUAGAAGGGUAUUUUGCUAUGUAUACAUGCACACUCUAAAAAUGAACUACAGUAGAAGUUAAUUUUUAUUUAACUUGAAUACAAUUUUCAGUAUAAAGUUAUCAUUUCUACGAAUAGCUAGUUAUUAUGAAAAAGGUUAUAGGAAAGUAUUAAAAUACUUGAAAUGGCCAGUAUUGGCUUUUACAUAAAAUGAGAAUUUUAUACUACAUUCAACCAAUUUCUUACUGGUUUCUUAAUCCACAUAACUGGAUCACUUUUUAGAGAGUGUAGGUAUAUAUACAUAUAUAUUAUGGUUAUUAUUAUUUUGGUAAUGGAUAGCUUGACUGCCUUGAAUUUAUAUUUAUAUUGAGCAUAGCAUGAAAAAUAGUAUGCCUUUUUGUUCAAUUACAUGAUUUUAUAUUGAUUUGAGGACUUAUUUUAUGAACAUGUGGCAUGCUAUAAAGCAUUGCAAACUUAUUUCUUAGAGCAUAAACAGAUAUACAUAUGUACGGCUAAAAAAAAUGAAGAUUAGAAAAAGAUAUAAUUUUACAACAAAUAUGCAAUGCAGAUGGCAUUUUGGAGAUGUUUUAUAGAGGUACUGCAUACUGUAGGUUAGAAGUACAUUGGUAUCAGCCCAUAGCAUUAUUUAGUAAAUCCAAUUCAGUUGCUAAAAAUAUAGAUUAAAUGACAGUUAAGUAACAUAGGAUAUUUGCUGCACAUCAGCUCAUUUGGUGAAUUUGGAAUUCUAUGCCUGUUUGUCAUAUUUAUUAAAAUGUGUGUGUGUGUUUGUAUACUUACAAAUGCACACAAACACACAUAUACACCUACAUGCAUAUUUUAAUCAUUUAAGUCAUUUUAUUGUCAACAAACUACUAAAACUUAUGUUCUGCUACAGACAGAACAUGAUUCAUGUUGCUGUUCCAAUUUUGUCCCUUGGAUAGUUGGUGGAAAAUACUAACAGCACUGCUUAUUCUGCAUUUGGUUUUCAUCUAUAACAGCAGAACUUAUUUUAUAAUAUCUUUAAGUUAGAACAGCAUCUCAUCUGCUUUUUUAUUCGCUUGAAAAUUUCACUUAAAUUUUGAAAUAUCUUUCGUGGCAGCUUUAACUUUUUGUGCAACUGUUUCCCUGACAGUAAUGAAGUGCUGAGCAUGUUGACUGUUGUUAUUUGAUAAGGUAACAAAAAAUGUUUGUAUCUGGAGAAUUUAACUUUAAUUAUGCAGGAAGGUAAGUGUGAUAAGUCUAGUGCUUGGUAUAUGGUACUUCCUAGAUACAUGAAUACAUGAUAAGUUGAUAGUUUAAUCUAUUUUCUUUUACUUAAAAGUGCUUAUAUAUUAUAUACAGAGAGAGGGAGAAAAAAUAAUAUUAUAUUGGCAUGUUUAUGUCAUGCAGAGCAAGAUUGUGUCAGCAUUUCUAUUACAUACUCCUAUUUUCAGUAGGUUAUACAACAGUCAUAAAGGUUUGCUUUAAGUAAAAGAUGUAGGAGCAAUUGUGUUCACUGUAAUUCCCAAAUACACACUGACUAGUUUCAAAUUAUAGAGGUUCAGAGUAAAUUAGUGUUGUUGCCUGAUCUAGUUUAGAACUCAAAUGAGUAAAAGUUCUGAGCCAAUGUUAUUUUUCAACAGUUGUUUUUCUACAAGGGCCUAUAAUUAUGAGAAUUAAGAAAAAAACAAAUUGAAAAUAUUUUCAGUUCUGCAAUCUGGAUUCCUGCUCAUGUGCCGUAACUUUUUUCAUAAAGUUUUUAUAAACAUUUCCAUGUUGCUAUUGCCACGAUCUGUACUGUGGAACAAUACAAAACUGCAUAUGCAUUGUGUUAAUCAGUUACAGUCUAUCAAGCUGACUCUACAGAGUUGUGUAUCUUCAGAGAACUAUGGUCUGUAUGAUGCAGGAGGCCAGAGUAGAUGAUGGCAGUGUUUCCUCUGGCCUUUUAAUGUAUAAACCUAUGAAAAGGUUAUUGACUGUAGACACAAAUUAAUUUUUAUCAAAACAUACAUCUAAAAAACUAUGUAACUGUAUAUUUACUGGGUAGGCUGGGAUGGAGAGACAUAAAUGGCUCCAAAGGAGCCCUUUCAAGUCUCCUGAAUAAAUGUAAUACAUAUUUUCUAUCUUCC